AUGGUGUUUUUUCAAACAAUCUCAAAUGGUGAAAGUGAUAAUAGAUUGUACUAUGUACCAAUUGAAGAUGGAGUUUUGAGUUCUGCUUCAUUAUUAUUGAUUCCCUAUUUUAACAAGAGAGCAAAUAGAGUGAAACACAUUGCACUGAAAAAAGAUUACUUUAUGGUCAUGACACAAUCGAAUAAUUUUUACAAGCUCAAAAUAGAUGGUCAAUCAAGAUUCAAAUCAUUCACAGCAUACCACCAAGGUGAAAUGCCAAUAUUUUUUUUGAGUUACAAGUCAAAUGUUCAAGUUAAUUCAAUGCCUUUCAAACUUUCACUGCUGUGUAAGAAUAGUGAUCAAAAUUGGAAUGAUUUCAUUGUUAAUAUAGAACCAUAUUCUGGAGGAAACAUGGCAUUCAUUGUGAUUUCAAAGAUUCUAUCCACGAAAAAUCAAUUACUAUGUCAAUUAUCAAAUCGAUUCACACAAAUUUUUAAUUCUAAUAACAUUUACUCUGACAUAACAAUCACAUGUUUAUAA